AUGUCUUUCCCCUCAUUAAGUCCCGUGCUUGUAAUUGGCGGAUGUGGCGGUCUUGGUCACCACCUCGUCCAACUGUUAGUCGAGGACUCCUCUUCUUCUGAUAUUGCGGUGCUUGAUAUCAACACGAAAACAAUCGAAUUGAUGGUGUCAAAUAUCUCGAGGGCAGAGGUGAAACCUCGCGUAAUCUUUCACACGGCUUCACCCAAAUUGAUGGUUCAAGCCAACACUCGCCAGCUUUACACCGAAGUCAACGUGAAUGGAACCACCUUGCUCCUCGAAUGUAUCAGAGCAAUCGGAGUCACCAAGGCCCUCAUUUACACGUCGAGCUCAUCCGUGAUCCACAACAAUAUGACCGACCUAGUCAAUGCCACAGAAGACGUCCCUCUAUGCUUCGAACCCGAGCAAACAGAGUACUACACACACACGAAAGCUGUAGCCGAACAGAUCAUCCUGUCCGCGAACAAACAGAACCAAUUGCUCACGACGAUCAUCCGCGCUGCUAUGCUCUUUGGCGAGGGAGACGCAACAUCCACGCCUCAGUUGGUUGGAAAUGCUCGAGCUGGGCGCGGAAAGUUUCAGAUUGGAAACGGGACCAACUUGUUUGAUUUCACAUAUAUUGGCAAUACGGCUUAUGCGCAUGUACUAGCAGCAAAAGCACUUCUCCGAGAGUCUGCAGCUACUGAACCUGUGCCGGAAGAUAGCAAGGUUAAUGGAGAGGCUUUUGUCAUCACAAAUGAUGAUCCGUGGCCAUUCUGGGACUACACAAGAGCUAUUGGCGCUGCAGCAGGUCAUACAGUCAAGAAAGAAGACAUAUGGGUUGUCUCCGCGACUGCCUACUACUAUUUUGUGAUCAUCUUAGAAUGGGCUGCUUGGGUGUUCAGUUUCGGUCGCAAGGAAUCAGUAGUCAACCGCCGGAUGGUCAAGUAUCUCACGAUGACUCGAACCUUUGAUAUCUCUAAAGCCAAAAAGAGACUAGGAUAUAGACCACAGGUUUCUAUGCAAGAAGGGAUCCAAAGGACCGUCGAUUUCUAUGUUGCACGUCAUCCAGAGGGGAGGUAG